AUGACUCAAGUCGUAGUUCAGCCCCACACCUCACUGCCAGUAUCGGGUUCUCAGCCCACUGAACCUCAUUUUCCGGCACAGCUCGAACCACGGACGAUAACCCAUCCCGACCAAAUAUCAGCCCAACUCGCUUUGCUAACGAAGAGAGAAUCUGAACUUUCGCUUUCUCUCAAUGCUCUCGUCGCUGAUAGAGCGCAAAUUGAUGGCGCUCUUUCACGUUUAUUGGAGCUUGGUUCAGAAGUCGGUACACUCGCCGCGGAUGUCGAUGGCAGAACGGAUGUGUUUCACGCCUCGAGGGGGAUAGGUCUUCAGUCCACAGCUCACGAUGGAUAUGGAAAGUCAAAAGAGGGCUUGGUGGACAGAGUCACGAGGGUUUGGGAAACAAGUGAGCGUGUAGGUGGAAAAGUGCGAAGAUUGGAUGAGGAGGUUGGACGAGUAAAGGAAGCUACGGAUAUCGUUACUGAAGUCCUCGAACUUAAGAACGCUCUGCAUACACUGUCGGCAGCUAUAACGAAACAAGACUGGGAGUCUGCGUCUCGCGCAUGUCGUCGAGCUAUGUCGGUGAGGCAAGAAGUGAUCGAGGGGAAUUUUGCCGGCGGUGUUGUGCCUACGCCCCAACAUCCACUUCCACCUGCUCAAACAUUAGAGGAAUUGCGUGGUAUUCUCUUACAUACUUUCCGUACUGAAUUCGACAAUGCCGCAGCUAGGAAAGACGAACAAAACGUCAGCAGGUUCUUCCGUCUGUGGCCAGGUAUAGGGGCGGAGGAAGAAGGUUUGGAAGCGUACGCAGACUUUGUUGUCGGAUUGGUCAAAGGCAGGAAUUCCACUGCUGGAAAGAGUUCUUCUCCAUUGUACUAUCUUAUAUCGCUUACAAACUUACUGGAGGCCAUCGCUCAUAUCAUUGACCAACAUCAACCUGUGGUGGACAAGUACUAUGGCAAGGGGCGGAUGGGGACAGUCGUUGGUCGUCUCGUGGGCGAGAGCGACAGGGUAGUGCGGAAUAUUGUUGAAGGUUGGGAGGAGGAAAGGCGAGUAGGACGUCUGAUAUCGGAAACCAAGCAAUCGCGUUUCCCGCUCCUCCACAACCCGUCACUGUUACCCCCAUUGUUCGCUUCCCUAUCGAAUCCAGCUGUUCAGCAACUAUCGCUUGCUUCACUUGCAAAUACUACCACAUCUGCUCUGCCGAAUCUCUCCUCCGCGUCGACGCUGCUUCAAUCCUAUGCUCAAGGCGGUAAGAAAGGUGUUCCCCCGCCUGUGACUCAAGUUCCUAUGGAAGAGGAAGAUGAAGGACCCGAUCCACGUGAUGUUGACAAAGUUUUAGGAGAGUUGGUUGCAUUAGGGGGACGGUGGGCUCUGUUCAGGCGAUUUGUCUGGAGCCGUAUAGCGGACACUGGCGAGGACAUCAACGAGAUGUCAGACGAAUUACAAUCGGGACACGAGGACGAACAUCGAGAGCAAAUGCAUGUGGUAGAACAAUCGGGCAGUCAAAGAGCGAUUGAGAAUUUGCUCAAAGUCUACUAUGAACCUCUUGAACUCUGGUUCCUGCGUAUGAGCAUCGAGAAGGCUCAUCGUCUGGACUCUCCGGAUACUUCCGCUCGUCCUCAUUUAUCCUCAAUAUUAGAUGAUACAUUCUACCUACUCAAGCUGGUAAUUGGCCGAUUGCUGUCUUGCGGCUCUAUAGCCACUCUUCGAUCGAUGCGUCAGAGGCUUGGCGAGGUUAUAGAGAGAGAUUAUACCGGGGUUAUCAGAAAGAAGAUGGACGGUGUAUAUUCCGGUCAAGCAUCUGGAUCUCAGGACAGAGGACCAGAAAAAGACAAAAGGGAGAGAGAUCAGCGAACAGCUUUCAUCAUCCACUUGAAUGACCUCGAUGUAUCAGCCGAUUACAUGGAACGUCUCCUGGAUGAGGUUUUGGCCAACUUGCCUCAAGUAUUUCUGGAGAUGGAGUUGCGUGUUGUGCAAGAUGAGAUACAAAUACUGAGGGAGAUAUCAGAUAGGUUUCGUUCGACCUGCAAGACUGGUCUUGAGCAAUUGUUCAAUCAGCUCAUCAAGCCACGACUUCGAGGUCUAUUGGAUGAUUGCUAUAGAGAGGUGACCUAUCUGCUUGAUGAGGAUACUUUCGCGGAAGCCGAUGAAUCGGAUCUCGUGAGGAAGAGAUUCGUCAGAGGAUGGGAGAUAUUGGUAGACGGAUACAAGGACUCUUUGACCGAUCACAACUAUCAAACCUUCUUCAAUCUUACCGUCGAAGCUCUGGUCAGACCAUGGGAGAAGAUGAUACAGAGCAUGCGAUUCACUGAGCUCGGUGCCAUCCGUUUCGAACGCGACGUCCGUGCUAUAUCUAAUUACCUUUCCGCGCAAACGUCGUUUGGAGGUGCACGAGACAAAUUCACCAGAUUGCAGCAGAUCGCUACCGUCUUGAACCUCGACGCAGACGAGGACCCAGAGGAGUUUUGGAGUAAUUCAGGCGUGCCGUGGAGGCUGAGCAAAACAGAAUUUAAUAGCAUCAUCGACCAACGUCAGUAA